ACGACGCGUUGCUGGAGGCGGUCGUCUGUGGCGACACUGAGGUGCCGGCGCGCAACCUCCACGCGCACAUCCAAAAACUGAUGCGCAUCGACUCGAUCGAGAACAUAACCGGAAUGGAAUUGGAGUUUAAAAAGUUAGCGAACAUGAAGGCGGAUUCGAGCCGUUUCGUGUCGGCCAGUCUUCCGUGCAAUAAGCACAAGAACAGGCUGGUGCACAUCUUGCCGUUCGAGUCGACCCGCGUGUGCCUCACGCCGCGUGACGGCUCGGACUACAUCAACGCGUCGUUCGUAGACGGGUACCGCUACCGCGCCGCGUACAUCGCCACGCAGGGCCCGCUUCCCGACACCACUGAUGACUUCUGGCGCAUGCUGUGGGAGCACAACUCCACCAUCAUCGUGAUGCUCACCAAGCUCAAGGAAAUGGGCCGGGAAAAAUGUCAUCAGUAUUGGCCGUCUGAUCGUUCUGUUCGCUACCAAUGCUUCGUGGUCGACCCCAUCGCUGAAUAUAAUAUGCCUCAGUACAUCUUAAGGGAAUUCAAGGUAACGGACGCGCGCGACGGCGCGUCUCGGACGGUACGUCAGUUCCAGUUCACGGACUGGCCGGAGCAGGGCGUGCCUAAGAGCGGCGAGGGCUUCAUCGACUUCCUCGGCCAGGUGCACAAGACCAAAGAACAGUUUGGACAGGACGGACCCAUCACUGUACAUUGCAGCGCCGGCGUGGGUCGCACGGGCGUGUUCAUCACGCUGUCGACGGUGCUGGAGCGCAUGCAGUACGAGGGCGUGGUGGACGUGUUCCAGACCGUGCGCACGCUCCGCACGCAGCGCCCCGCCAUGGUGCAGACCGAGGAUCAAUACGAGUUCUGCUACCGCGCUGCGCUGGAGUACCUCGGCUCGUUCGACCACUACGCCAACUGACGCUGAGACGUGCUCGUCUGAGCGCAUGCGCACGCGCGCGCACGUACUUAACACUAUGUAUGUACACUAUGACGAUUUGGGACGGUUGUUGGUUUGUGUUUUACGAGAACUGGAUAUGUUUGUGUGCUUCCGUUUUGUUCAUGUGACAAGAAUAUAACGAUAUUCCUUUUUGUUACUCGAUUAUACGUAAAUUCUUAUGACAUUUUAUAUUUAAAAAAUUCGAAAUGAAUAAUUUUCGAACGAUCGAACAAAUAGAACGAAAGUUCAAAAACACGUAAUUUUCUCUGCACGUAGUACAAAUUCAACAUCAUACAGUUUGAAGAUUACAGUGAACAAACAUCUCUGUGACGAUGGAAACAAGCAAAAACAAAGUAUUAUAUAGUCCAAUACAAUCCGGAAUAUCUUGAACUGAAGCCAAGAAAUAAGCGGUCUUAUAUUUGGCAAACCACUACCAUUGUUAGACAAAUGCAAUAUCUGAAAUAAAAACAAUGUACAACGUGCCUAUAGGCUAAAUCUUCAGUGGAAAAUGUGAUAUACUUAUAAACUACAUAAUUAAUUUAAAAGCUCACAGUAAGAUAUUAUGAUAAUAUGGCUGGAUAUCAACAAUUACUCUGGCAUUUCUAGACCAAAAAUAGGAAAUAAAUAUUUGCCAAUCAUAUUUGUGAUGCGGUAUGCAAUUUCUCGUUGCAGAUGUUUUGUAGAGACCCAAUACAUGGUGUAAGCAUCAGAAAUUCUCGAAUACAAGUCCUGCAAACAAAUAAUGUUCAUUAAAAAAUAUUUUUCGUUCAAAAUCAGACAGACAUGGAACGAUUUUUUUACCGUUAUAUAAUUAUUUGUAUACGAUAUUUUCGAAAAUUCUAUCAAAAUAAAUCAAAUAUAUAAAUCACCGAAAAAAAGUUAACAACAUCAAAAAAAAAAUAUACAUAAAUAUUAAACAUUCAAUGCUUUUAAAAGCAACGAACAACCGUCCCAACGUCGAAAUGUUUAGUUGUCACUACCCUGUUGUAAGUCAGUGCGGUUCCGGUGUGAACCGGGCCUGCCCUAGUGAUGU